AUGGAACGAUUUCAAAAAGUUAAUGGUGAUAAUAAUAAUCCAAUAACGAAACGUUUCAAUUGUCGCAAUGGUUGUUGCGAUCAACACGAAUGGUGCCGAUUUUGGGCAUCCGCGGGGGAAUGUACCGCUAAUGCACGCUGGAUGAUCGAUAAUUGCCAAUUAGCCUGCAACACUUGCCAAAACGGUAUGAAUUAG